GCGAAGUCGUCGUGACCUCUCCUCCUCCUGGAGGCUGCAUGUUGCAUUUGCCAUUUAAUGCGAUUCCGAGCGCUGGCCAAGAUCUAGCGAACGGCAUCACAUGCGAAGCGCGUCCGCAAGACGCGACGCGCCGCCACUGUGACCUUAGUGUCGACCGUCGAGAGUAACGACGACAACAGCGACAACGACGACGAGUAGACAAUCGCAUCUCAUACACUGGGCUCUGUAUUCAGAGUGGCCUGCGGCUCCCGCUCGACGCUGGUCGCGGUCAAGCCUGCUCCUCAGGGUGGCGGCGCGCUCGCCGCGGUCGGAUCAUACCAGACAUGUUCUUCUUCCUCCGUCAUGCGAGCUCAGACACACGACGUCGCCAAAGUCCGCUAAUAAUGUGUCAAAACCUUGGCCGCUCCAUUCUGGCCUUUGUUGACGGCCCCCACCUCCCAUGGCCAUCCUCCGACGUUCUCCUCUCCGCCUCCUGCAUAGGCCCGCUGCUCGACAUGUCAGCUCGACCGCGCACGCGAAGUCAGGGAGACUGACCGUUGGAAUCCGACGCGAGGAUCCAAUUCGUAUAUGGGAAAGGAGGUGUCCGCUGACGCCAGACGUCGUCAAUGAGCUUGUUGAUAAACACGGAGUUGACGUGCUGGUUGAGGAGUGCGACAGGAGGGUGUGGACGACCGACGACUUCGUCAAGGCAGGAGCUCGACUCGCUCCUACGCUCUCGCCUGCCCACAUAAUUCUCGGGAUCAAGGAGACUCCUCUUCACGAAGUGCUCAACGAUCCCGUACCACAUCCUGCCUCGCUCACCCCUCGGACGCACCUCAUGUUUUCGCACACGAUUAAAGGUCAGAUGUACAACAUGGAGCUGCUCUCGAAGUAUGUCUCUGCGUCACACGCACGCGGAGGUUCCCCUACAGAGGACCCCGCUCUACUCCCGCGUCUCGUUGACUACGAACUUCUCACCGGAGAGGACGGCAAGCGGACUGUGGGCUUCGGGUGGUUCGCCGGUGUCGCGGGGGCGCUUGAAUCCUUGAAUGCACUCGCGCAUGCACACCUUGAGCUCGGCGUCGCGAGUCCGUUCCUGUACACACCGCGCCCACACUCGCAUCCAACUCUGGCUGCAAUCCGAAGUUUGCUACGUGACGAGGUCGGUGCUAGGAUUAUCGCGGAAGGUACUCCAAGGAGCCUCGGACCUAUCGUUUUCGGCGUCACAGGAUUCGGAAAGGUCGCGCAAGGCGUGCUGGAUUUGUUGGAAGACCUACCUAUCCAGCGCGUCAAGGUCGACGACCUGCCUGCGUUAGUCAGUGAUCCUAACACUGAUUUGCACAAGAUAUACCUCGUACAUGCUCUGCCGCAAGAGUACUUCGUUCGCAAAGACGGUGUCGCAUACUCACGCUCGGAUUAUUACGCGAAUCCUCAUCGGUAUGAGUCCGUCUUCCACGACAAGAUCGCGCCCUACCUCUCGCUCCUACUGCACGGUGCCGGCUGGGCACCCGACUUCCCGCGGACGAUUAGCAACGCGCAACUCGUCACCACGCUCGAGAAGGCACAACAAGUCGGGCGGGGCCGCUUCGCCUGCGUCGGCGAUAUCAGCUGCGACAUCGAGGGCGGCCUCGAGUUCCUUCCCCGCUCAAGCACGCUCUCCGCGCCCUUCUUCUCGAUCAAGCCCUCGCCCUCGCUCCCCCCGGUGACGAUCAUGGCCGUCGACAUCCUCCCGACGUCCCUCCCGCUGGAGGCCUCUCAGCACUUCUCCAACGUACUGACACCAUACCUCCGCACCCUGAUCGACGAGUAUCGUGGCUCGUCCGAGCCCAAUGACGAGGCCACGAUGCUCCGACGCGCGGCAUUGGAUCGGGCGACGGUGGCUCAGGGCGGUGAGCUCUCGAAGGAGUUUGAGUGGCUGAAGGAACCGUUGGGUGCAUGGGCAGCGGGGUGCAAAGCAAGCAUAGGGCCUGAGUCUCCUGUCGGUGCUGCAGGCGAUGCUACACACAAGCUUGGACUACCCGCAGGCCAGGUGCCUCCGCGGAAGAAACGGGUGCUGAUGCUCGGCAGUGGAAUGGUAGCUGGCCCCGCGAUCGAAGCGAUCUGUCGGCGACCCGACGUAGAGCUCGUUGUCGCGAGCAACGUCCUCUCCGAGGCCGAGAGGCGGAUCGCGGAGUUUGCGAACGCCCGUGCUGUUCAGGGCGACAUGCAAGACGCGGCGAAGAUCUCGGGGCUGGUUGAGCGGGCAGACGUCGUGAUAAGCUUGCUGCCUGUUCCUUUCCACCCGGCAGUAGCGAAGCUUUGCAUACAACACAAGAAGCACCUCGUGACUGCCUCCUACAUCUCACCGGACAUGGCUGCGCUUCAUGAUCAAGCGGCUGCCGCUGAUGUUGUCCUGCUCAACGAAGUUGGACUCGACCCGGGCAUCGACCACCUUUCCGCUAUAUCGCUUAUCGACCGGCUCAAAUCCCAGGGCAAGCAUGUAACACACUUCACAUCAUUCUGCGGAGGUCUGCCCGCACCUGAAGCUGCAAUGGGCGUCCCUCUCGCCUACAAGUUCAGCUGGAGUCCCCGGGGUGUACUCGUGGCAGCGUUGAACCCAGCACGUUUCAAGGUCGAGGGAGAGGUGGUACAAGUGCGCAAUGAGGAACUGCUGACGAGUGGUAUCCCUGAUGUACCGAUUUCGGACAUCAUGAGGUUCGAGGGCUUGCCCAACCGUGACAGUCUGCCGUAUGCUGGUCAGUACGGGCUUGAUAACCCUCAGUCGCAAGAGCUCCGAACCAUCUUCCGAGGCACCCUGCGAUACCCUGGGUUCUCCAAGUUGAUGCAUGGGUUCCGCGAUAUUGGUCUGCUUGAUCACAUGUCGAAGAUUCAGUUGUCCGACUGGUCUGACCUUGUACGGAAGUCACUUGAAGUGCGACUCGGGCAUGCGCUACCGAAAGAUGAAGCGUCUCUCCUCAGCGCCAUCCGGGACUUCUCGCAAUCGCAUGCGACGGACGACCUGUUUGAUGCGCUGCGUUGGUUCUCGUUGGUGGCUCCUCAAGAAUCUCAAGCGCGUACUAUCGAAUCGCUUCCUCCGGCCCCGUCCUCGACCUCGCCCCUUGAUGCCUUCGCUCUACUCCUCGCCAACAAACUGCGGUACCAACCCGACGAACGUGACAUGGUCGUCCUUUCGCACGAGAUCGUAGCCAGCUCCGCUGCCUCCUCGCAAACGGAAGUCCACACGUCGUCGCUCAUCGCCGUAGGAAAUGCCAAGGCCUCGGCGAUGGCACGCUGCGUUGGCUUGCCGGUGGCCUUCGCCGCUCUGCACGUCCUGGAUGGAGGCGUCAAGCUGAGAGGCGUGCACGGGCCUACGGACAGGCAAGUUUACGAACAUAUGCUGUCGAGGCUGGAUGAAGAGGGGUUGGGGAUGAAGGAAACGGUUGGAACGAGAGCGCAGGUAGGACGGGCGUUACGGCGCCGGUAUUGCUCGUGAUCUGCAUCGGACACGCGGAACACUGGAUUUGUGGAACUUUGGUCGUGUUCGGGAUGGAAUGGACAUCGUCACUCACGCAUGUACGACUUGACCUUGUAUUAUGAUUACCUUCUUGCAGGCCCUGCUCGAUGGCGAUGAUGUCGGUACGUCUCGUUAGCGCGCCCAAAUACCUGUGUGCCACUGUCGCUUCUCGCGUGCUCGUUGCGCUCGGUAUCUGCACCCUCCCGCGCCGUUUUGAUGCACUCAUCGAUCCCCUGUCGGAAUGCGUGAAUUUGAGACUCGAGAUUAUUCCUGGGGCACCUAUCGCCAUGCUUUAUCCCUUCGAGCGACGCUCCGAGGCAAGCUGUCUGUAGUAUGUUUAAUGUUUGCGGCCUCCAUCACAAUGUCUUG